CCAGAUACAUAUCUGAAAAUAACUGCUUGUGCUAGUAACUCUUCUGUCCUGUCCAAUCCCAUGUUCACUGGCUAAUAUGAUUUAUGCUCAUUUCCUAGAACCCUAGAACCCUUUGAUCUCCCCACUAUCCCACAACUACAGCUGCCACCAUAGACUUUUUUUUUUUUUUUGCUAGAUAAGGAAAAUUAAGACAUGUUCAAAAGAAUUAUCUGGGCAUUUCUGCUCUGUAAACCCUUCAGAGUGUUGGUGUUCACUGUGUGCCUGUGACGAGGGAGCUCCUGAAGAGAUGAAGUAAAGGGCAGCACCCAGUUAUUUCUUAUUCUGAAAACUUAUCAGAUCCCCUAAAGCCCAAUUUCUCUUGCUCAAGAACUGGGUGUUUCCUUCUCAGACAGAAUCUUCAGACUAGGAAGAAGACUUAAUUGGCCGGGAGAAGAGCCCGGUGAACCAGGCAGUCCAGGAUGAGCACGACUACAUGGCCACUGGAUCUCACUACACUUGAAUUUAACUAUGACUAUGCCGCCUCUCCAUGUUACAAACAUGACAUCAAAAACCUGACCGCCAAGUUUGUGCCUUUUCUGUACUUGAUGGUGUUCAUCAUCGGCCUGCUGGGCAAUUCCACAGUAGUGCUGAUCCUCACGAAGUACAAGAGACUCAAAACCAUGACCAACAUCUACCUUCUCAACCUGGCCAUCUCGGAUCUGCUUUUCCUCAUUACGCUUCCAUUCUGGAUUCACUACGAUUUGCAAAAGCAUUGGGUCUUGGGAGAUGCCAUGUGUAAACUCCUUUCGGGGUUGUAUUAUGUGGGCUUAUACAGUGAAAUCUUCUUCAUCGUCCUGUUGACUAUUGAUAGAUAUCUGGCCAUCGUCCAUGCAGUGUUUGCCAUAAGGAUCAGGAAGGUGGUCCCCAGCAUCCUGACCAGCAUCUUUACCUGGGUCCUGGCUUUCUUGUUCUCUCUUCCUGAAAUUGUCUUCACUAGAUCUCAGAAUGAGAACAAUGAUCAUACCUGCAGUCUUCAUUUCCCACAUGACACUAUGGGAAAAUGGAAACAGUUCCACGCUUUGAAACUGAACUUCCUGGGAUUCAUUUUGCCCCUGCUGACCAUGAUCAUCUGCUACACGGGAAUUAUAAAAAUACUGCUUAGACGGAAGAGUGAGAGGAAAUGGAGAGUGGUCAAACUGAUUUUUAUCAUCAUGAUCAUCUUCUUCCUCUUUUGGAUACCCUAUAAUCUCACAAUGCUCGUUGCUGCUUUCCAGAAUUUCUUUUUCAAUCCGGAUUGUGAAAAUAGCAAACAGUUGGAUGUGGCCAUAAAAGUGACCGAAGUCAUUGCCUUCACACACUGUUGUGUCAACCCUGUGAUCUAUGCCUUUGCUGGAGAGCGGUUUCAGAAAUACCUCUCUCAUUUUGUCCGCAAUCACAUUGCAGUGCACCUGUGCAAGUAUGUCCCAUCCUUCUUGAGGGACAGGCAAGAGAGAGUUAGUUCUAUCUCUCCAUCUACUGGGGAACAUGAACUCAUGAUUGAGUUUUAGAUCAUUUCCUAGGAGGGUGCUCAUGGGCAUUAAUAUUUACUUAGCUGGAAUGGGAAAUUAAGAGUCAAUUCACUGAUCCUCAGGUUAAACUUCUCAGAUGGAACAGAAAGUUAAUACUCCAGUGGGAAGUGAGAUGGUUGGGAAAUUAGGACCCUGGGCCCUCCCCAAACUCAAGUAUUCAGACCAUAAGGGCAGAUCUCUUUGCAAAGUUGCUCAGUAGUCACAGAGCAUUGUAGUAAUAAAUAGAAGUGAAUGUAAUUUAUUUUCUUUUGAGAUUUACUAAUAAAAGUUUGUGCAUCUU